CCUACAUCUCCGUCCACACUUGCUCUCUUCUCCCAGCAUGGCCUCCACCGCCAGCGACAGCCCUCCGUUAUCCCCGGCCGCGCCGGCCUCUUCUUUCCUAGACGACCAUCCGAUCUUCCUCGACCCGGGCACCUCCUCCUUCUUCCCCGCGACCACCUCGCGAGAGCCCCUGCCGCCUGCCCGGGGCUCAUCGGCCGCGGCGCGCAAGCCGCCGCGGAAGCGCCCGCGGGCGUCGCGCCGGCCGCCCACCACCGUGCUCACCACCGACACUUCCAACUUCCGCGCCAUGGUGCAGGAAUUCACCGGCAUCCCCGAGCCGGCGCCGUUUGCGCCCCACGGCCCCCACCUCGGCCCCGGCGUGCUCUUCGGCGCCCCCCACCACGCCGCGGCGGGCACGCGCGCGCCCUUCGAGCUGCUGAUGCGCCCGUCGCCUCUCAAGCUCCCCGGUGCGCCCAACGCCUCGCCUCCCGCCGGUUCAUUCGCGCACUCCCUGUUCCCCAACAGCAGCAACCCGCCGGAUCCAGCUGGCUCGAGCUCUGAAUUAUUGUACAGCGGCUUCGCGCCGGCGCUCUCCGGUGCCGUCCCGCGAUACGACGGCGGCUUCGGGGCAGCGGAAGACGAGAGGGUGGGACAUGACCACGGUCUCUUCUCGUCUUUGUUGCACGCCGGGGAUAGGUACCACAGCCACUAG